AGGAGGAUAUAUUUAGUUCUAUACUGGAUGGAUAAUCGAAGAGUUACGUACUCGCCUUCACUCGCCUUAUUUAACUCGUUGAGGGACGAAGCGAUGCCACGCUUGUCACCCAAAGCCCGCACGAGAUUCAUGGAGGAACCCCGACCUUGGUGACAUGAGGAACGGCAGAGACCACCGCAGCCACCAGAUCACCGCUGUUGCCGCCCACGUCUCGAAAUGGACGGAGAGGCGGCUGGUGCUGGCCCUCCUCGCCGCUCUCCUUCUCGUCCUCCUCUUCUUGUCCUGCUCCCGCGACUCCCUCUCUCCGUCCCCUUUCAGAUCCCUCCCCCUCUUCAGCUCCCCCUCCGCCGGAGAUACGGCGCAUAUGCCCGAGAGGAUCGGCGGAAGGAAGAGGGAGCUUGAGCGGAGCAGGAUCGCCAUCUGCCUCGUGGGCGGAGCGCGGCGGUUCGAGCUCACGGGGCCGUCCAUCAUGAGGAACUUGCUUGAGGAGUUCCCGAGCGCAGAUAUCUUCCUCCACAGUCCGCUCGACAAGGACUCGUACAAACUCUCGUUGCUCAAGGCCGCGCCGAGGGUCGCCGUCGUCCGCAUCUUCACGCAGAAUACGAUGCCGACGACAGAGUCGCAAGAGCGGGUGCUCACGGCCAACGGCUCGCCCAACAGGAUCCAGGGUCUGCUGCAGUAUUUUAACCUAGUGGAAGGCUGCCUGAGGAUGAUCAAAUCACAGGAAUCGAAAGGCAACUUCACCUACGACUGGAUCAUCCGGACCCGCGUCGACGGUUACUGGUCCGCCCCGCUCGACGUGAUUAACGCCUUUCAGCAUGGCACCUACGUCGUCCCGUCCGGCUCCCGCUACGGCGGCCUCAACGACCGCCUCGGCGUCGGCGACCGUGCCACCUCCGAUGUCGCUCUCUCUCGCCUCUCCCUUAUCCCCCGCCUCGACGCCGCCGGCUUCCGGCAGCUCAACUCGGAGUCGGCACUCAAGGCGCAGCUGAUUAGCUCGAAGGUGCGGUGGGAGGAGAUCGGGGUCCCCUUCUGCGUCGUGAGCGACCGGCGGUACGGGUACCCUCCGGGGCCGUACGGCGUGCCGGUGGUGUCGAUAGGGAGCCAGGGGCAGCUGAGCGGGGCGAAGUGCCGGCCGUGCGAGCCGGCAUGCACGGGGCAGUGCGCGGCCGACGUGGGGGCGGCGCUGGACCGCGGGUGGGGCUGGACCGAAUGGCGCGACGACAGCCUGCAUAUAUGCGACCCCAGCGGCGGGUGGGCGCCGGGGUGGGAGCACAUCUUCGACAGGGUGGCGGGGCCCGAGGCAGCGACGGCGCGGAAGAGCGUGGCGGAGUUGGACAUGGCGACAUGCGUGGACGACUUCGAGAUCAUGAGGAAGAAGGCUGCGAGCUGGGAGGCGCCGCCGGCGGUGGAGGUCUGCAGGUUAGGUCUACCAGGGCAGACCAACUCAACGUGAUCGUAGAAGAUGGUUUAUACAUUAGGAAAAAGUAGGAAAAGAUUUUUUGUCUGCUUACAGAGAAGUCAAUUUGGUAUUAUAGUAUUGUGGAAUGGUCGUCACUUGUUCUAAGGAUGAGACCGAGUUGGGUAGGCAACUACGCUUCCGUGGGCUUGAGGUUGGCGAAAGUAGAGAGACGACAGAGCUGGAAAGAGAACCAUGUUCUUUAGGUGGACCAUUUGAUGCAGACUUUUCGCCGUCGAGUCGCUUUAUUUUCCUGGGAAGGAGAGGGAUGUUUGAUGACAGGAGUGUCUCAAUGCUGAUCAUAUAUUGAACCUUUGACUCAGUAAAGUUUCCUCCAAACUUGACAUCA